AUGGCGACCUUCGCGUCGAGCCUGGAGGGCUGCGGCGUGACUGAGGACGACGAUCAGCACGUCGAGGAAGACUGCGAAGAGAAUGAAGAAGAUGAGAAGGAGGUGGGCGAGAUGAACUGCGAGGAUGACGAUGCCGCGCUCGACGACGGCGCCAACGGCGAUCCGAUGCGAGAGGCACGCGGAGCUCUCUUUCCGACUCUUGACGUCUCGCUGGACGGGAACGACAACUCCAGCGACGUCUCCUCCGUCAUCAGCGGCGUGUCGGGCUCAGGCCCGUCCCGGUCUCCUUCGACUGUGGGGUCGUCCGCGCCGGCCUCGCACCUGAGCAGCGCCCCUUCUUCACUUUUUUAUCUCCACAACGCCGCCGGCGCCAUGCCCGCAGACUCGCUGCAGGCGCGCCACCUGGAGGAACUCCUGCAGGACGGAAACUCCGCCAAGAGCGAAGAGACAGGAGGCGCGGGGGGACCCGCGGCGCAGGGCGCGAGCACCGGCGGGUUCGCAGUCCCCGAGCCCAUUCAGGCGCCGUCGCCUGCCCCGCGACCGCGCGGCAGAGGCAAACGCGCGAAUCGCGGCUUUCGCGGGCGAAUCCUCAUCCCAGCGCGCGCGCAGUGGGCUCGCAUGCGGGCGGAACGCGCGGCGGCAAUGGCUGCGGCGCGGGCGGCCUCUCAAGUCUCUGCGGACGGCUCCGCCCCGGUCGGGGACCACGCGCCCCCGGCCCCUGGGGCGCGCCUGGGCGCCCCAGGGGCCGGGGGCGCGCUCGGGGAUUCCGGCGGCGGCCGGGGGCCGUCUGGGGACUCGGGCCCCGGCCCGUUGGGCCACGCGCCCCAGGACGGAGAGAAGCGGACACUCGCAGGCGGCGAUCUGAAGAGAUUCGGCGGCCUCACGCUGAUUCCAGGAAGAACGCGGAAGUGGAGAAAGGUGAUGCGCCGCGUGGGCAAUGUGCGCGUGCCCGUCUGGGUGGAGACGCCAAACUCUGAAGAUCCGCUUCUCCUUGCAGUGCAGGCGAUGCUUCGUCACGGCGUGUCUGCGGCGAAUCGGCGAAAUGUGCGGCACACGCGCGUGGUGGCGUGCCACAUCAAAGAAACCACGCGACAGUAUUUGCAGCAGACGUCGUUGUCAGAGAGCGCGCAAAGCCGACUCAAGCCCGAGACGUCGCUCGCGACGUCUGCGCCGUCCUCCUCGCCGUCUGCGCCGCCCUCCUCGCCUUCUCCGCCUGCGAGCGUCGUCGAGAGGCCUCAAGCGCCAGACGCACACGGAGCAGGCCCCGCCCUGAGCAGUGUCAAAGCUGAAGAGCUCCCCACAGCGUCCGCCUGCCUCGCCCCCCCCGCUGGGGGGGGCGCCGCUGCAGUGGAGCAGGACUCAACCCUCGCCCAAGCGGGCCCUGCAGACGGCUCUCUCGGGCCGCAGACAUCGGGCGCUGGCCCCGGGCCCGUGGCUCCCGAGGAGUUGCAGAGCGUGCCGGCGAGCUUGUAG